GUGGUUACAAUCCAUUAGAUUGGGAAUGUAAAAAUGGAUGGAAAAAAACUAAAGAUAGUUUUCUAUUUAACAAAUAUAAGACUCUAAAUGGUUAUAAAUAUAAGAAAUCAAAUAUUAUAUCUGGUUUCGAAGAAAAGGCCAUUGGUUGUAGUACUUCAGAUGGUCCAAUGUUUGGAACCACCGAUUUGAAUAUUCAAAGUGGUUUAAAAUAUUGUAAUUUAAUAUCUUCACAUUAUGAAUAUUUAAAUAUGUCAGGAGAUUAUCUGAUGAAAUCUUACGAG